CGAGCGCCUUUGUGCAAAACAGCCGGUGGCAAACCGUGUACGCCACCGCACCGCCGGCCCUAAUCGAUCGUCCCCCCAAUUGAAGGUGAAUCCCUCCCCACCUCACUCACUGCCUCCCAUCCGCCGCCGCCGCCGCCGCCGCCGCCGCCGGAGAUGUCGCGGACGCUGGUGCAGCCGGUGGGGCAGAAGCGCCUCACCAACGUGGCGGUGGUGCGGCUGCGCAAGCACGGCCAGCGCUUCGAGAUCGCCUGCUUCCCCAACAAGGUGCUCUCCUGGCGCGCCUGCGUCGAGAAGGACCUCGACGAGGUGCUCCAGUCCCACACCGUCUACUCCAACGUCUCCAAGGGCGUCCUCGCCAAGUCCAAGGACCUCGUCAAGGCAUUCGGCACCGACGACCAGACCAAAAUCUGCAUCGAGAUUCUCGAGAAAGGGGAGCUCCAGGUCUCCGGCAAGGAGAGGGAGGCGCAGCUCUCCAGCCAGUUCCGCGACAUCGCCACCAUCGUCAUGGAGAAGACCAUCAACCCGGAGACGCGCCGACCCUACACCAUCACUAUGAUCGAGCGCCUCAUGCACGAGAUACACUUUGCCGUCGACCCCAACCUCACUUCCAAGGAGCAGGCUCUAAAAGUUAUCAAGAAGCUCAUCGAGCACUUUCCCAUAAAGCGAGCACCACUGAGGGUGCGGUUCACUGCACCAAAGUCCAACUUUGCAGGCCUUAUGGAGAAGGUUGCUGAAUGGAAUGCUACUGUCAUUUCAAAGGAUGAAUCUGGUACUCAGCCAUCUAUUGUAUGUGAGAUUGAGCCGUCCAUUUUGCACUCAUGUGAGGAGCGGUUGAAGGAUGUGCAAGGGAGAGUGGAAGUGCUAUCCGUCUCAGCUCAUGCAGAAGGUGGCCCAUCUGUGGAGCACCAUGACAAUGUUGAAGUGCCGCAAGCAGCGCCUGCAAAGGAGUCUGAUGCUGUUGCUGAGAUAAGUGAGACAAUGCAAAAGCAGAGCAUCUCAAGUGAAAGCCAGGGUAAUGCACAAGGGAAGCAGCAGAGAAGAUGCAAGGAAUGUGACGUACUCGUGGAUGACAAGCAAUACAGAGAACACUGCAAGAGUGGGUGGCACAAGCACAAUUACACGCGCCACAAGAACGGGCUACCGCCUCUCAGCCAAGAGGAGUGCGUGGUGGAGAUGGAACUGGCCGACUCCAAGAAGGAUCUUAAAGACUACGAUUUCUGAUUAGGGCUAAGUAAUGGGAAGGGCAUGAAGGUGCUGCUGCGGUCCUUUUUUUUCCUUUUCCCCCCUGAGGACAGAUAUGGUCAAUUGCGGGUGCUGUAUAGUGAAGCGGGUUUUAAAAGAUGGUUGCAAGUUGUUGGAACUUGGAAUGGAUGUGAUGGCUUAGUCAGAUAGUUUAGGUGCAAUAGAGCUUGGCAGUUUGGGAUAUUGAACCUGGCUGUAUGGAAUGCUUUUGUAUGUAAAGCCGAAUAAACUUGUGGUUGUAGCAAGCAUUUGGGAACUUGAAACUUUGCUUGUCAUGCGGGAAAAAGUUGGAACGACUGAUGAAGAUCCAUCCUUUCUGGGUUGGUUUUGGUUUGUGAA